CCUCCACCUCCCCCGCUGCCCCCGCGGCACCCUGCGCGCACGGCCGAGCACCUCCUGCCGCGGCGGUACAUGUCCUCCUUCUUCGCCCACCGCGCAGAUUCCGCGCGCAAACACGAACACCUCCGCAGCAGCAUUGCACGCGCCUCCGACCUCUGCGCGCACCCAUCUGCCACCACCACCACUACCAGCGCGGACGCGGACGCGGACACGAAGCUCCUCUCUCUCUCCCUCUCGCAGCUCGUCGCCGCAUGCGAGGACGGAUCUGUAUCGACAUCUGACGUGAUACAUGCGUAUGGCAAGCGCGCCCUCGCCGCGCACGAGGCUACCAACUGUCUGGCCGACAUCUUCCUCGAUGAAGCCAUCCAGCGAAAUGAAACUUCUACCACGGCGCUAUCCGAGGUCUCCGCGAACAUCAAGGGCUCCCUGGAGCAACUUCCCUCGCGAAAUGAAAGCGAAAGCGACAGCACCGGGCGCACGGCGGCGUCGCCCCUUUCCGGUGUGCCCGUGAGCAUCAAGGACUGCAUCGACGUGGCUGGGCACGACACCACCCUUGGAUUCUCCGCCAACGCCGGGCGGCCCGCCCGCGCCGAUGCGCCCAUCGUGCGUCUCCUCCGCGACGCCGGCGCGCUCCUCUACGCGAAGACAACGCUGCCCACCGCAUGCCUCUCGUUCGAGUGCUCGUCCGACCUCUUUGGAUCAACGACGAACCCAUACAACCCCGCGUUCUCCCCAGGGGCGUCGACCGGCGGUGGGGGUGCCCUGCUUGCGUGGCAGGGCAGCAUGGUCGAGCUCGGAACAGACAUCGGAGGGAGCGUACGCUAUCCGGCAGCGUACUGUGGCGUGUACGCUGUGAAGGGUACGCACGGCCGCCUACCGAGCACAGGCUGCGUGUCAUGCACACCCGGGCUCGAGGCCAUUCCAACAAUCACGGCACCACUCGCGCGCACACUCGAUGACCUCGAGGAGUUCUGGCGAAGAGUGGUCGAGAUGCGGCCAUGGGAUUACGACCACACAUGUGCGCCCAUUCCAUGGCGCGCGGUCGAUUACGUUGCGUCCGGACAGAAGCUGCGGUUUGGCGUCCUCGCGGAUGACGGAAUUAUUCCUCCAACACCGGCGGCGGUGCGGGCGUUGGAAGAAGUCGCAAACGCCCUCCGAAAGCAGGGUCACGAAGUCAUUCCGUUCUCACCACCCAGCCCGUUGGAAGGCCUGAAGAUCGGAUUCCAGCUCAUGUUCUCUGACGGAGCGAAAUCCACCCUCGCGCCCAAGCGAUUAGGAGAGUACGUGAACCCUGCGCUGCUGACCGUCCGCCUGAUGCUCCGGCUGCCCUUAUGGCUCAAGCGCUUCAACGCUACCCUCCUGCGCUGGUUCUCCCGACCAUGGGGACGCAAUGACGCAUGGGCGAGUCUCCUUGAGGUCUUCCACCCCCGUAGCGCGUACGAGGAGCGGCGGCUGGUCAUCGAGCGCGACGCGUACCGCGCGGCAUGGCACGACGCGUGGCAGCGCGCGGAUCUCGACCUGCUGCUCACCGUCCCCCACGCGCUGCCGGCGAUCUCGCGGGAGCCUGCCGCGAGCGACAAGGCGACACUCGUUUCCGCGAACUACUCGUUCCUGUACAACGUUCUCGACUGCACGGCGGGCGCCAUGCCUGUAACUUAUAUCGACAAGGCUCAGGACUGCCUGCCGGCGGGAUACCGCCAGGCGCCCGCGUACCAGGGUAUGAACGACGUCGCGCGGGCGAUACACGACCUGUACGACAGCACGAGCGUGGUGAUGCACGGCAUGCCCGUCGGCGUGCAGGUCGUCGGGGGGCGGUUCGAGGAGGAGCGCGUGCUCGCGGGCAUGCGCCUCAUCGAGCACGUCCUCUGGGAGACUGGCGGUGGGUUCGAGCCGCGGCACUUCUCGAGCUGAGUACAGUGCGAGCGAACAUUGGUUGGGGACACGCAUAAGGUUAUUUGGAUCCGGCAUUGUUGUUGUUUAUCGCGCCCCCUGCGGAUGUGUGUUUGUGGGCAUGGGCAUACUGGGUAUGGAUACGAGGUUAAUGGCCGCUGCGCGCGCGCCGUAUUAUGCACUGUACUGUUACUGUAGGUCGGCUAAGCUUAUUUGUCUCGCGUUUGUACAUACCCCAUAGUAGGACCGCUUAAUCGCGAUGUAUCCGUAUCUCUUGCCUUCUGUUGUGGAAUUACAUACGUUUCGUUGC